AUGUUUUUCAAUUUAACCUGGACAUACCGCCUGGAUUCGGACGCUGUGUUUCCUUAUAUUGUCAUAAAAAAUGAUCGCGAUGAGAUAAUUGGACCUAAAUUGGACAUGCAUUGGAUUGAUAUCAAAGAUAUGAAUUCAACGAGCGAGUAUGUGAAGAAUAAAUUGCAAAAGAAGCGUCUUGCAGCGGUGUGGUUUGUGUCGAACUGCGAGGCAAGUGAACGCCUUGAGUUUGUGGGUGAAUUGCAGAAAGAGCUGGCGCGAUACGACCACCGCGUGGAUGUUUUUGGCAACUGCGGAGACAGGUUUUGUCCAACCGAAAACAUGGACAGUUUUGACGAAUGUUAUGCCCUCGUCGAAUCAUUUUAUUACUUUUAUUUGGCAUUUGAGAAUUCUUUCUGCGAAGACUAUGUCACUGAAAAGAUAUUAACUGGAUUGGAGCAUUUUUCAGUGCCAGUUGUUUUUGGAGGCGCAAAUUACACCAGAUUUAUGCCUGAAGGAACAUUCUUGCGAGCACAUACUUUAGGGCCCGCUAAACUGGCAAGAACAAUGGUGGAUAUAAUAAACGAUAGAAAUAGAUACCAGGACUUCUUUAGAUGGCAUGGAUAUUACAGUUUUCACCAUACAGCUGAAAACAACUAUCUGCAUGAAAUCUGUGCACUCUGUACUAUGCUCAACAAUGAGACAUUAGUGAAAAAGAAAAAAGUAUACAACACCAACGUGUGGUGGAAUGAAUGGUAUAGUGGCCCUCCGCCAGACGACGGCAGGAUUCAUCUUUUAUUAGACAACGACAAACCAAAGCCGGGCAUCGCUGGACUUGUGUCGAACAUUUACAAUUACGUUUUUGAGUGA